AUGGCAACUUCCGCUAUCGACAGCAUUCUUCAGAAUGCAUAUGAAAACGGUAUUAUCCCUGGUGCAGUUGUUCUUGCGGCGACCAAAGACAAGGGGGUGGUCUAUUCCAAAUCCUUGGGACUACGGUCUUUCGAAAAAGGCUCGAAAUCAGAACCCUUGCAAAUCGACGACAUAAUGGGACUAUACAGCGCGUCUAAGCUGAUUACUGGAAUUGCUGCGCUUCAAAUUUCUGAAAGGGGUCUCGUGGAUCUGGACGAAGAUGUCGCCAAAAUCCUUCCUGAACUUGCAUGUCUCAAAGUGCUGACAGGAAUGGAUGAUCACGGAAAGCCGAUUAUGGAAGAACGAUCGGCGAAGAUCACUUUAAGACAAUUGAUUUCACAUUCUGGUGGUGUUACUUAUGACUUCUUGACACCUCUCCUUAUGAGAUACAAUGAGUCUCAAGGCCUAGAUCCGAUCCGUGCAUGGACAACCACAGUUGAAAGCUUCUCCUGCCCACUUGUCGCCCAACCAGGUACAGCGUGGAAGUACGGUACAGGUUUUGAAUGGGCUGGGUAUCUGGUUUCGCAUUUAACGGGAAUGAGCCUUGAAGAGUACACUAAGCAGAAUAUUGCCGCACCUCUUGGAAUCGACGAUAUGACAUAUUUUCCAAGGAAGAAUGAAAGUUUGAGAUCCCGAAUGGUUUCAGUGACACGCCGAGAUCCAAACGUCGAAGACGGUAAGGGAAAAGUAAUUCUCGAUACACAUCCAGAUAUACUGGGCGCUGUGCAGGAGGAGCUUGGGGGCGUGGGACUAUACACAUCGAUGAAUUCAUACAUGAAGGUCUUGUGCAGCCUACUCGCCGAUGAUGAGAAGCUCCUGAAAAAGGAAACAACUGCCAAGAUGUUCCAACCUCAACUCACACCGGCUGCACAGAGAUCCUUGCAAAGUAACUUCGAUCACAUUGCCAAGGGAGAGGAAGUAGGUGUGCCACCGUAUGUAGGCACAUUUCCGCAAGUCAGGUAUGACUUUGGGCUGGGAGGCAUGCUCAGCAUGGAAGAUAUCGAUUCCGGAUCCUUGAAAUGGAGGAGGAAGGGAUACUUCUUCUGGAGUGGGAUGCCAAACAUUUUUUGGUUCGUCGACCGCGCGGCCGGUGUUUGUGCCAUUUUUGGGACUCAAGUUAUGCCGAAUGCCGAUGAACAGAUCCGCAAGGUGAUCAAUAUGGUUGAAAAAGAAGUGUACGCCAAAUUUGCUUUACAAGCGUGA